GCAGCCGUCCGAAGCUCUCGUAUUUCUGUUAAAACUUUUUCCCUGUCGGCAUGGUCACCCAGAGGCCCCGUCUGCGCUGGAGCUGCGGCAGCCAGGACAGGCGCUGGGGCUGCGGGUGCUGGGAUGGGAAGCUGUGUUUGGGAACGAGCCCGACCCUCCCGGGCUCUGGGGGACUGCUCCUUGGCUCUGGUGCUGGCACGGGAACAAUACAUCCACAUCCACAGGAAACAGGAGGGGCAGAGGGAGCCGCAGCGUUACCACAGUUGAAGCUGGGAUUGAACGUUACAUUGGUUGAGGAGUGAGAGAGCAGGCAGUGAUUUGGCUUGUUUGCAACAAAACAGAGGGGAAUGGAGCCAACUUGAAAUUUGCAAGUUCCCUGCCUUGACAGCAAUCACCAUGGAUAGUGUGUUCUUAACAGAGGACAAAGCCAACUCUCUCUUAAAAAGAUACCCAAGAGCCAACACGUUUCUGGAAGAAAUAAAGCAAGGUGACAUAGAACAUGAAUGCAGAGAAGAAAUCUGUAGCUAUGAAGAAGCAAGAGAAGCAUUUGAAAAUGAGGAGAAAACGAAGGAGUUCUGGAAAGUCUACAAAAACGGACUCCAGGGAGAAAGUAACACAGGACAUAGCUGGUAUUCAUUUUACCUUGCAUUUCCAUUAAUCAUUGGCCUUUUUAUUAUCCUCAUUGUCAUUUUUGUCAUCUGGAGAUGCCUGUUUAAAAAGAAAAUGCGUAGGCAGUCGGUGUACGUGCACAGGGGAGCCCACGGAGCGCUGGGCGAUGGUGCUGAUGGCAGAGGGCCCCUCCCGCCGCCUCUCAGCAUUGUUCAUUCCCCACAGGAGGAAAUGUAUGAAGUCAGUGGGCUCUCGCCAGGAGGUCUGAGCUAUUCGGAUGCACGGUCAGACUCAAUAUCUACAAGGCUCUCAAACUGUGAUCCUCCUCCUUCCUAUGAGGAAGCCACUGGGGAAAUCACUGUGAGAAGAAGCGAAACUGAGCAACAUUUAGAUCCACCCCCACAAUAUGAAGACAUUGUGAAUUCCAGUUCAGCCAGUGCCAUCGCACUAACCCCCAUUGUCACCAGUACAAAGUAAAACAAUAAGAAUGCCAUGGACCUUUUAAAAAUUGUUAAUCAUUUUGUAGCACUUUAUCUUGGCUUAUUAUGCAUUUCUGUAAUUUAACGGACUUGUAUACAAUGAAUUUCACCUUUUUUAGGCUCGCUCAUUCUUUGGGUUUGGAAUUUUUUUUUUUCCCCUAUCGAAUGUCUUAAAAGAUAAGGAAUCUGUAUUGAGAGUCUAGUGCAGAUACAGAUGUGGUGCUCUGUUAUGCUUCCCAAAAGUACCUCUGUUUUGAAGGAUGUCACUUGUUUUAUUCCAAACACUGUCCACAUUCCCCACAAGAUUUGUGGGAUCCCCCUCCCCUUUCUUACUGCAGACUGUCAGAAUUCCCUGCAAUAGGGAAUCCUUAAGCAACAUUUUAAUAGUUAUUUACACUAAAGAGGACUGAUUUUGCAGUAUUGCCUCUUGUCUGCUUGGUUCCUUUUUCUCACUUGGGUUUUUGUUACAUGCUGCACCCUCUCCUGGCCCUCAGGAGGCUGGGAGCCUUUGUGUUCAAACCAGGAUCUCGUGUAGAGAAUGCUGGUGUAAGAGCAAUAAUUCCAGAGUUGUAGCAGGAGAGAUGUAUUCUAAAGCUUAUGCUAUUACAGCUCAAAAUUCUGUAAAUGCUUAGAAGCUGACAAUUCAAGACACUAAUUGGUGAAUUUAAUGGUGUAAGUUUUUGUCUGUGUUCUGCCUUUCCUGUUUUCCUAUCAGGUUUUACUUUUGUAUUUUAGGGGUGAGAAGUGUGCAUAUAUUAACUUCAGAACUUGAAAGUUCAUGCAACAGUAAUAGUGAAGUACUCGAGAGUAGAUAAAAUCCUGAUCAUGGACUUCCUGUGAUUUUCACUGGGACCAGGAUGUAAUCUAUAAGCACAUACACCCAAAGACAUUAAUUUCCUUUUUAAAGGGGGAAAAAGGAAAGAAAUUCAAUGUCUGUGAUUUCCUUUUUUCCCCAGCUAUGAACACCUUCCUCAAGGUUUCGCCAGCUAUAAAUCCCUUCCUCAAGUUCUGAUACUCCCUUGCCUACUGACUGUACCUUGUGUGCACCUUGUACUGGUGCCUGUGGAAAUUCUUUGCAGAGAAUACAAAUAUCCUUUUUCAAUAGGAAAUAAAUUUAUUGCUUAUCCAUUCCAACGAGGAAUUCUAAGAACACGCGGGCAUAACCCCAAGCAUUAGUGUGGAGUAACUUUUUGAGGCUGAAGAGAUGGAUGAAAGUUACAUAGAGGCUUGUACAGAAUUUUAUCCACUUGGUUUAUACAUGGUACAAAUUCUAAUGUGGUGAUUCUUUCACAGGUUGAUUUAAAAGUUAAUUGCUCGCUUUAAUUUCUGAGUAUUAAGUUUGCUUUCUUUCUUCCCACACCAAGUAGCGUGGCAUUAGCUUAGUACUGUUCUGUGUUCUACUAAUCAAUUAACACCAAUUGAAAUGUGUUGAGCCCUGAAGAACUGAAUUAUGUUGGCUUUCUUACAACAGAAAACCAAACUGUCUUGUUUCAAACACCCCAAAUGAAAUGCCAGUGCCAUCUGUUUGAAAUUACUCUUAAUGUCCUUCUCAUGGGGGCUUGGCCUAACUGUUCCAAAGGAUUUUUAUGGAAGGAGACUGGAAGAAAAUGGAUGGUUAUAGAUGGGUGUGUAAGUGUACACUUCAAUAAGAAUAUGAUCUAACAUAUUGACAAGCAGUGUCAGGAGUUCUCAUUUUUGUCAAAGAGCAGGUUGCCUUUGUUGUCUGCUGGGGAUCUUCAGCUGCUAAGGCAAGUUGUAUUAGAGAUGAACUCCUGGCCAAACUCCUGACUCCACUGCCAAAACUGUAACUUGUAUUAAUAUAUAAUAGAUAUAUUAAGAUAAGCACACUAUGUUUUGGACACUUGUAGUAAAAACUGCCUGGGUUUUGUUUGUGUAUUGUCAGACCUUUUCGUUUGAAGUGGUUUUAGCUCUUGUGAAUCCUGAAUUGCCACAUGUGGAAAUUAAAGCUCCUUUCAUACCAAGCAAGAGUUAAUAAAUACACUGCUUUAGGCGGAUUCACCAGAACAAAGUGCCUCAUCCCAGCGUGCAGGAACCACCUCAGAAAGAGCUGGUACUUCAGUGUCUGUGCCAUAUUGGCACCUCCUGUGCCUACCAGCACAGAUAGUAAUUUUAGCAGUAACUUCCUUGUCAGGAUAUAGGACUUCCCUGUAGGAAAUGCAUGGAGAUCACCCAUGUCACAUUAGGUUGUGAAGCAGCUGUCAUCAUCCCCUGAAAGUGGGCAGUCUGCUUUAGUAGUUCAGAGAUGAGCUGGCUUUUCCCUUUUUUCUGUGUUUUCUUUACUCUGUAUUCCACUACCACUUUUAAAGGGUUUGUUUCUGGCUCCUAAGUUGAGUGUGUUGCUUUAUCCUGUUACUGUGUCCUGUAGAUACUUUAAUGUGCAAUCCAAAAUUGAUGCUUGCCAUUCCAAAAAAAGUCACAACCAAAAGCUUAGUGAUCAUGAGUUGAAUUAAUUGGACAAUGCCUUUUCCAUGAGUACAGGAGUAUGAAAGCCAUUGUGGGCUAUAAAUUUAUGUCUUGGUGAAUAAAUUUAAUAUCUAAAUGAAACCAGUGUGGGACAGUUGUGCAAAUACAUUUCCUCUAAAAUAUGAAUAGUUUUCUCCAUGUUGGAAUAAUGUCAACUUACAAAUUGUUCUGUUUUGUGAAAUGUGGGAAAAUAGCUUAGUCUUGUGGUUGGCUUUUCUAACCUGAUUGAAAAAUAAAAUCUUAUUUGUACUGGGGUUUUUUACAGCUUUUUUUUUCUUAUUGUUUUAUGUAUCCUGUAAUUGCAUUGUCAUGCAAUAAAUAUAAAUUUAUAGUUGUACCUCUGUAAGGUUUUGCAACUCUGAAUGCAGUGCUGUCUUGACUGAUGACAUGAAUAGUCAGGAAACUGCCUUUCCUACUUCUGAAUGUAACAUUGAAUUUCAUCUUGUAUUGGGAUUGAAAUUAUUUAGCUACUAAAAUGAACUUAAAGGUGGCACUGUUUUAAGAAAUUAUGGAAAUUAAUGAUUUGCUUAGAUGAUAUUAACAUAGUGAAGGUUGUUCUCUCUUCACUGUAUGUAAAUAACUUCUGAUUACAGUAUUGUAUAUUUUAAAGGGGUUUGGUUUACAUUAAAUUAUCAUAUUUAAACAUUUUUGCCUAUGUUUAUAGAACAUUUUUGUAACAUUUGUUUUUCAAUAUGCUAAAUAAAAAUUUUUAAGAUGCCUCUAAUAUUUCAAAAUACCAAUUUUACACAACUGCAGUGAGUAUUAACUUUGUGUAUUUAAGUGAUCUUUUAAUUUUCAUUGUUCUGUGGACUUAAUCAGUUUUAUGAACCGAUUGUUUUGAUGAUAUAAAAUAGAGAUAUUUUGUUUGUGAGUAAGCACGUCUAUUUUAGAAUUCAGGCUCAAUUUUUAUCAGAGUUGUGAAUUUGUAUUGUUUCCUAUUUAUAAAAAAAAAGCCUUUAACACUGCAAUGAGCUCAUUUGCUCAGUCUGGUGUUCAUAACACCAAGGUUGUGGGUUCAAUCCCUGUAUGGGCUGUUCACUUAAGGGUUGGACUUGACAAUCCUUCUUGGUCCCUUCCAACUCAGAAUAUUCUGUGAUUCGUUGUAGCCAUAGCUAAGUAAGUCACAGGCUGAGGGAAGGGAAACUAGCAAAAAAUGUUGAAGUUGGAGGACUUAAUUUCAAAGUUCCCCUCAGCCACUCAAAAGUGAUUACAAAAUUUCAUGUCAGCUCUAGGAAUGAAGAAUUAACAGAGAACAAAACCAAGCCCAGCCUUGUGUAUUGAUCCCAGCUGGAAACUGAAGGUCUCCAUUCCAGGCAGCACAAAGUGGGUGUCAUCCCUUCCCUCUCUGGUAAUCAGGAUAAAAGUGUCCCUGGGAUUGUUCACCAGGGCAGGGUCUGUGGGAGAGGCUGGAGAAGCCCAGAAUGAGGUUUGUGCCUCAGAGCAGUGAACUCAAGUGCAGUUUUGUGCUGCUCAUAACAAAAGGGCAAAGAAAGGUACUUGAGGCAGUAAAGGGCAGUGACUUUCCAAGCUGUUUGCACAGUGCGGCCCCGUGCUCCCCUUGGGAAGCUUUCAUUGUGUAUCCCAGGCCAGCACCAUGCAAACAGGAUGCUCUGCCCUGGGUUAGCUGGAGCUUGCUGUGCACACACACACACUUGUGUGGUGCCACACAUCCAUCAGCAGAGGCUGGAAUGUGCACAUGGUUUAGUGCAUGGCUUUGCCUGCAGGCCUGGCUCCCAGCUGUGGGAACGUGGGGGAUGCGAUGCUGAACUGGUGUCAUGAAUCUCAGUGUCUGUAAAAAUCAGAUCAUUGCGCAGGUUACCAGUGAUGAAUGUUCAUUAUUUAUUGUUCCUUGUGCCCAGAGCUCUGUGCUGGGCUGCUCUAAAUCACACUCAUAGAUUUCUUUUUAUUUUCUGCAUAAUGUGAGCUUUGUGAAUGUCUCCUAGUGCCACUUGCUGAUUUUUAAAAAGAAGGAAAACCAUGUUCAGCCGAAAGCACUGAGGUGACAUCUGUACUUUUUCAUUGCUUGCUGUGCACACAUUUGAUUGAUUUGCUACAGGGUAAUUGAACUUUGAAUUUUGCCAGAAAGUUGAAGUGCACUUUACUUCUGUGGGGGUAUCUCGGUAAUUGUAUUUUUCAUUUGGCAGUGAGUUAUUGAAUGCUAAGUAACAAGUCAGUGCAGGAAAGAUCUUGCUUAUACUCUCUUGACCAUAUCUGUCUAUCUAUAGAUAGAUAUGGAUAUCUCCAGCACAUGUAUUAUACAGCAUAUUAUACAGGACUUGGUUACCAUUUAGAUCUCUGCAAAUGUUUGCUGUAAUAUUAGAGAUGUGUCCUCUUUGCCUGUCCUCUCUCCAUGUAUCACACAAUAAAGUCACACUGACUGCUGUGCUGUUUUCCCCUUUAGAAACAAAGCCUAAGAAUCAAAAUGACAAUUUUCAGUGUGCCCUGCUGUUUCCUUCUCCACUUGGAAGCACUGUACAUAACUGUGUGGCUCCCGGGGCUAGCGGAGGAGCUUAAAGCAGGAAGGGAACAAGUAUUUAAAAAAUUCAUUUUGAUAAUGCCAGCAAUGAAAUCUCUGCAUAAGGAAUAAUCUGUACCAGACUGUUUCCCUGGCCUUUCCUAUGGUGUGGGAUGUGUUUUCCCACACAACAGACCUUGCAUCAAUUCCAUGGGUCAGAGGCUCCCAAUUUGAUUUUUCUUUAUUUUCUCACUCAGCUCUUGCCGCUGGCAGUGGUGCAGCAGCCGCUCUUGGCUGUGCCCAGGGACUGGAGUUGUUUGGUGACAUGCAGCUGUACAUAGGUGUCUCUGGGACCCAGGCUUCUCUGCUUUCCUCCCCUGACCUUGCUGGUCUGCUCACACCCAGGCCAGGCAGUGUUUCAGUGCUGGACAAAGAGCUGAGGGGAUGAUCUGGUUUGGGACCAGAGGCAGGUGUCAGCCUGCUGUGACACAUAGUGAGGCACAGUCUGGUAUCACCUCUGGCCUUUUCACUACCAGUCUGAAUGCAGCCACCUCAUGUGGGUUGUUCACAAGAUUAAAACCACUGCAGGCAGCACUUCUUGCCAGGACUUAGUAUGAAAAAUAGUCUUGUCAAAGAAAAGCAAGGGCAGUGGGACCAGCUCAAACAUUUUCCCCAGCUAGUACCCCUAAACUCUCUCAGCACAAGUAAUGUUAUUGCCAUUUACUAUUAGAAUUACUAUUUUAUUUUUUUCCUUAUGCUUUUGUUGUGUCUGCUUUUCUAUUCAUGAUUGUAUUUUAACCAUAGAUUUUUCCUUAGGAGUGGGUGAAGGCAGAAUAUACAUGUAACCAUGAAAAGCUACAUGUUUAAUUUUUUUUUUUUUUUCUGUUUCUGGGUGAGUUGGGUUUUCUCCUCUUAGCUUGCUGGUUUUUUCAUUUUGUUUAAUAAAAGUGCUGAAUAAUGACACCUCCUUUUUCUGCUCCCUCUAAAAUCUUUCACAUGCUCCUUUAGCAAAGUGCAUAACAGUUUAUAUUUUUAUUGUGCAGAUUCCCUAGAAGAAAUGUAGCUUUGAAAAUAAUUUUUAAUAUUAUUUUCUCUUCAGUCAUUUUUUUCUAACUUUUGAAGUGUUACUUGUAGCUUAAUUUCCCUGUUCUUACCUAAUUGUGCUUCAUCCCUCAUUACCUUGCAGCGUUUCCACACAGGCAGCUUGGCUCCGUGAAAACACUACCAUCUUCUCU